AGUCCACCGGGGACCAGGGGAAGGCUCAGGAGCAGGAAGAAGAACCGAGCUCUGAAAGCCCGUGGAGACCGCCUGGGGGAACUGGAGGGAGUCGAGGACCUGGUCUCCCUUCGGCAGAGCCACCUGGGGAUGCCCCCUGACAAGGACAGCUUUCAUCGACUCUCACACAGAUACCCGCUAGAAAGCUUCACAGCUCCAUACCUGCUGGACCCCAUCAUGACUCUCUCUCACUUUGACACAUACAAGUGUGUGUCGGCUUCACCCAUUCUGGCCAUCUCAGACCUCGGUCGUUCAAGCAGUCCCCUCUCUGCCCCCUCCUGGUGGCAGGUGGCUGCCAGAACCCGGUGCCUCUCCAUCUUGUCAGUUUGUAAGUCCCGGCAAGAACAUCUCUCCCGCCACCCACCCGAGGCCUCGUUCAGGAGAGACCCCAUAAACAGGCAGAUGGAGGCUGGCAGCCUCUUUUUGCUCAGCUCUGACGACCAGAAGCUCGUUAAGAUACAAGUCUCACAGACAGUGAAGAUCAAGAUUUGGCAGGAAAAGGAAAAAGAUGGCUCCUCUCCAGAGCAAAUGAGCCCGGAGCACCACCUGAGUGCUCUGUGGCAUGUGCUAAAGUUGCUGGGCGCUGAGGAGGACACCACAAGCCCCCAACCCUUCUGGCUCUUGGAAAACAAAUCAGAACAGCUGCCUGGACCUCCGAAAUUCCCAGAUCCCAACAUCUUUGGGGACCAUUUUCAGAAGAAAUAUGGCCAGCUUUUCUGGGGUCUUCCCGCCCUGCACGGCGAAUCCCUGGUGGCUACUGCCUGGGUCUCAGAGAGCUCUUCCACAUUACAGCCUCCUUUCUUCUUAUUCCAUGGAAUCUCACAUUUCUGCCUAGUUCAAGUGCAGGCUAUGAUAUCCCCACUGCUUUCCCAGGCCCAGCCACUGUCCCAUCCGGAGCCCCAAUCCAAGGCCUUGAUUCCAUUUAGGCCCCAAUUUCAGUCCUUGCCCGCGGCUCAGGCCCAAACCCAGGUGCAUCUCCAAUCCUCUUUCUCAAUCCUACCACCUCCCUCUCCACCCUGGUUUAAGGACUACGAUGUAUCUCAUCGUGUGUCUCAGAAUAAGCCACAAGCUCUGGUCCCAACGGAAACCCGACGCCCAGAGUGGCCCUUAUGGAGGAAGCAGAUAAAAAGUGGGGGAGCUUGGCCCUCUGGGGCCCAGAGAUCUCAGGACCUGUUCGGCGUCACACCUGACCUUUCCCAGGAGAGCUUGACCUCCAUUCUUCCCGAGGACUUUCCAAUCAUCUCUGAGCUCCGGAAGCAACUGGAGCAGCACGUCCAAAAGUGGCUCAUUCAACACCGCUGCGACCUGGGAAGGAUCCAAGGAUCUCUGGAAAAGAUGCAGCUCCAGGACACAUUCGCAGAGCCAUGUCAGGCAAAGGUCAAAGACAGACCCUUGCGGUCUUCUCUGUCUCGGGGUGAAAGCAGCAAGGAUGUACAGACGGUGAACUUCCAGCUAGAGAAGGACCCAGGCACAAAACUGGGGCACAUCCUGGGGAAAGCCCUGAAGGAUCUGUCCAGGGGCGUGGAAAGCUCCCCAGUGAAGGUUCUGGGACCGGACUCGGAAGAGUCCGAAAGGGACUUGGUGAGGCCCUCAAGGAGUGACUCCGGAGAGGAUUUACUGAGAAACAAAGAGAAGGCGCGUCUACAAAGCCUCCUGAAAGUCCAUUUGGGCUCGAAGGUGGGCCAGAUCAACCAGGGUUUGAUCCCUGUGAGAGUGUGUCGAUCCUGGCUUGCUGCCAACCAGGCUUUUUCCAAGUCUGACACUCACGUGGGGACUGGAAGCCUAGGACUCUCAAAAAGUGGGGAACCCUGUGUGAACACCUCCAGGGAGCUUCCCUUCCUCAAUCAGUGCACUCAGCAGAGGCUGGAAGCGCAUGUGGUAAGGUUCAGGGUGAGACACAGGUGGGACUUGCCCCUCAAGGUUCUCACGCCUGUAAAUCUCCUUCAGCUGGAAAAGGCUUCAUGCCCAUCCCUUCCGCGGUCAGCCUGCCGCGCCUCGGCCGGUUGUGAGUCUGGGGCCGGCUCCAAAGGGGAGGGUGCAAGGGUCCCGAGAGAAGCACCCGAA